AUGAGCCAGCUGAAAGCACCACCCCUUUCCCUACCUCCUCCGGUAGGCGAGGCGGAGCUCCUCCUCCAGAUGAAGCGCGCGUGGGGCGACCCGCCCGUGCUCUCGGCAUGGAGCGCCGCGACAUCGGCUACGGGUGCGCACUGCCGCUGGCCAUACGUGCGGUGCGACUCGGUUGGCCGCGUCACCAGUCUCGCCCUCACCAGCAUCAGCAUCACGGGGCCUCUUCCAGACGCCAUUGGCGGUCUCUCCAGCCUCACAGGCCUCGACCUCUUCAACAAUAGCAUCAUCGGCGCGUUCCCGAAGGCGUUGUACCGCUGCACAUCGCUCCGGUACCUCAACCUAUCCGAGAACUUCCUUGCAGGAGUACUUCCCCGUGACAUCGGCCACGGCCUUGCGGCAAACUUGAGCAGGCUGGACCUCAGCUUCAAUUUUUUCAAUGGCACCAUCCCUGAGUCUUUGUCUUGGCUUGAGAACCUCAGGUAUCUUGCGUUGGAUAGCAACGGCAUCGUCGGUGUUAUGCUAACAUCUUUGUCUAGGCUCAGGAACCUUGGACAUCUAACACUACGUUUCAACUACCUCACGGGAGCUAUCCCGGCAGAGCUUGGUGAGCUAGCAAGCCUUCAGACUUUGUGGCUGGCGGUGAACCCGUUCGACCCAGGCGAGCUGCCGGCAUCAUUCAAGACCUUGACCCAGUUAAUCAGCCUUGCCGUAGAGAGCUGCAACCUCGUAGGUGCCUUCCCGAGUUAUGCGUUGGAAAAAAUCUCUGGCAUCUCAACGUCUCGAGCAAUAACAUGA